GCGCAAUCUGCUCCCCGCCGCGUUUAUAUCGGCGCCUUUUGCCCUUCAAAUGACACUGUUUCUGUGGUGAGCGUAGCGAGCGGUUCUAUCAUUCCUGUGUCUCUCGAAUAACAAACAAGCAACAUGAGCAAAAUCGGAAUCAACGGUUUCGGACGUAUUGGUCGUCUGGUGCUGAGGGCCUCCAUUGAACGUGGAGCACAGGUCGUCGCUGUAAAUGACCCGUUCAUUGGUCUGGACUACAUGGUCUACAUGUUCAAAUUUGACUCAACCCACGGCAAGUUCAAGGGUGAUGUCAAGGCCGAGAAUGGCUUCCUAGUCGUCAAUGGCGCUAAAAUCACUGUCUUCAGUGAGCGCGACCCCAAGGCUAUCAAGUGGGCCGAAGCUGGUGCGGAAUACGUCGUUGAAUCUACUGGUGUUUUCACCACCAUUGACAAAGCGUCCGCUCAUUUGGAAGGUGGAGCCAAGAAGGUCAUCAUCUCUGCUCCAUCAGCCGAUGCUCCCAUGUACGUCGUUGGCGUCAACCUUGACACGUAUGACAAGAGCCACAAAGUCGUGUCUAACGCUUCCUGCACAACCAACUGCCUCGCGCCCCUUGCCAAGGUCAUCCACGACAACUUCGAGAUUGUUGAAGGUUUGAUGACUACCGUUCACGCUACCACCGCUACCCAGAAAACAGUCGACGGACCAUCUGGCAAACUGUGGCGUGAUGGUCGUGGUGCCGCCCAAAACAUUAUUCCGGCAGCCACUGGUGCUGCCAAGGCUGUUGGCAAAGUCAUUCCUGCCCUGAACGGCAAACUUACUGGUAUGGCAUUCCGUGUACCAGUCGCUAACGUUUCAGUCGUCGAUCUGACAGUCCGUCUCGCCAAACCCGCGACCUAUGACCAAAUCAAAGAAAAGGUCAAGGCUGCUGCUGCCCCAGGUGGAUCCCUGGAAGGCAUCCUUGGCUACACAGAUGAAGAGGUUGUUUCAUCUGACUUCAUUGGAGACAAUCGCUCGAGCAUCUUUGACGCCAAGGCCGGUAUCUCACUGAACGACAAUUUCGUUAAGCUUAUCACGUGGUACGACAACGAGUUUGGUUACUCGUCUCGUGUUAUCGACCUCAUCAAGUUCAUGCAGUCCAAGGAUUAAGUGCAGCUGUUAUAGAUCUUGAGGAGGGUGUGGUGAGUUCUCGAACGAGGAUUGAAAGGAAGAGACUUGGUAGUAAUUGUAAUAAUUAUAUCACUUAAAGCUCUUUCCCAUACAUCCAUGAAGAUAUCGUCAGCCGUUUAUCACCAAACGGGUCAUGCAGCAUAUAUUCGUUCGAGAUUCAAAAAAAAAAAAAAAAAAAAAAAAAGCAAAUAAAAAAAGAAAUUCUAUUUAAAAACAUAUUUUAAAAGUAUGUUCAAAGUAGCCGUGUUUCAGCGUUGUCGAAUUACGGAAAUGAGAAUGAGACAUGCUCAUCCUUAAAUAGAGGCAGGCUCUCUAGAAUGCUCAUUAAAUUCACUAUGUUUGACUUUUACUGCUCAUGCUUCUUUUUGAGAAUCCUCAAUUCCGUUUCGACAUAAUCAGUAAAAAAAAAAAGCAUAUGUAUCAAUAUGAUGGAUCGUUCAGUUUCGGCUGUUCUUAUUAAUUCAAAUCAAUGUUGGAACAAGUAAAUAAUUAUGUAAUUUGGAUUAAUGACCUCUUGUGGUAAUUUAUUGAUUCAAUACUGUUCGCCACCAAAUUGACUUUUGUUUACAAAAAUACAUUCAUUUUUCAGAACUUCAAUAAACGUUGUUAUCACAA